AACUACUCAUGAAUUUCUAUUUGGAGCAUUAGCUGAGUUGUUGGACAAUGCAAGAGAUGCAGGUGCAUCAAGAAUUGAAGUUGACACAGUUCUAAAUGAUGAAGUUCAAGGUGGUUAUCUUAUAUAUUUCCUUGAUGAUGGUGAAGGAAUGGAUCCUGGUGACACUGCUAGUAUAAUAACAUUUGGUAAAUCAUCCAAAAGAGCAAUACAUUCUAAUAUGAUUGGACAAUAUGGUAAUGGCUUGAAAUCUGGUUCCAUGAGAAUAGGCAAGGAUAUGAUUUUGUUUACUAAAAAAGAUGACACAAAGAGCUGUCUUUUCAUAUCUCGAACAUUUCAUGAAGAUAAAAACAUUGAAGAAGUCAUUGUUCCAAUUCCAUCUUUUAAUGGUAGAACAAAUCAGCCUUUAUUGAAGAAUGGUGCUGAUAUUACAAAGCAUGAACAGGAGAUGGAACUCAUUUUGAAGUAUUCACCAUUUCAUUCAGAAAAAGACUUUAUGGCACAAUUUGAUAAGAUAACAGCUCCAUCUGGAACAUUAGUGGUAAUCUUUAAUUUGAAACUACUGGAUAACGGAGAACCAGAAUUAGAUAUUAAAACAGACUCCAAGGAUAUAAUUAUGGCUAAUCCUUAUAUUGGUGAGGAUGAAAUAGAGGACAGAGAUUAUCUUGAAAGGCGGUCAUUCCGAGCAUAUUCAGCAGUACUUUAUGUGGAGCCUAAGAUGAAGGUAUAUAUACGUGGUCACAAAGUACAGACUAAAAGGCUUCCAAAUAGUCUAUAUAAACCAAAGCAAUAUAGAUAUACGUCAUUGCGAUUUAAAAAAAGGUCUGAAAUUGAAGCAUCAAAAGCUGAUAAAGAAGCAAAAUGGG